CUUUCGCCACGUGACCCCGAGGCCCGAGCCCGAAGCGGCGGCGCGCCGGGCGUCUUGACGUCCCCAAUGACGCCGCGCGUCGUGGACGGACCUCCGCAGCUUCCCUCUCGUCCGUUCCGCAGUCCGCACGGGGAGGGGAGCUACAGCGACCUACCGCCGAGGCGGGCCCCAACCGCACCACGCCUACUUCAAACCCUCUCCCACCCCACCUCCUGCCGUUCUCGGAGGGGAUCAAGUUCGCUUCUGCCAGUCUGCCUGCGUGCUCUGCUGGACAGCUGGAGAGCUAGAUGGCGAUGCCGUCCGGGUGGAGGGGUAUCCUGGGCUUCCACUACGGCAUCGUGCAGGCGCCGUUGGGCCCCGACAUCUCCGGCCCCGAGCUCGUCGCCGCCGUAGCGAACGCCGGCGCCAUCGGCCUCCUCCGCCUCCCCGACUGGCCGGCGCCGGAUCACGUCAGAGAACUGAUCCGGAAGACCAGGAGCCUCACGUCCAAGCCGUUCGGGGCGGCCAUCGUGCUGGCCUUCCCGCACGAGGAGAAUCUCAGGGUCGUCCUGGAGGAGAAGCUCGCCGUGCUGCAGGUCUACUGGGGGGACUUCCCCAACCACCGGGUCCAAGAGGCGCAUCGCGCCGGGGUUAAGGUCUUGCAUCAGGUCGGCAGCCUUGAGGAGGCAGCUAAAGCUAAAGAAGCCGGUGUAGAUGGGAUCAUUGUUCAGGGACGUGAGGCAGGGGGUCAUGUAAUUGGUCAGGAAGGACUGUUUCCACUGUUGCCACGAGUAGUAGAUCUUGUUUCAGACUCGAGCAUUCCAGUUAUUGCCGCUGGCGGAAUUGUAGAUGGACGUGGCUAUGUUGCCGCAUUGGCACUCGGUGCCCAAGGUGUUUGUUUAGGAACUAGGUUUGUUGCUACCGAGGAAAGCUUUGCACAUCCUAUUUAUAAGCAAAAGCUAAUCGAGAUGAGUCACACAGACUACACAAAUAUAUUCGGACGUGCUAGAUGGCCUGAUGCUCCACAGCGGGUCCUGGAAACACCCUUCUAUGAUGAGUGGAAGAAUAAUUUCCCAGACCAGGAAACAGAGGAAGAUCAACCCAUCAUAGGCCACUCUAUCAUCCAUGGUGUGCACAAGGAUAUUCGUCGGUUUGCCGGUACUGUUCCAAACGCGACGGCAACAGGAGAUAUCGACAUCAUGGCCAUGUAUUCGGGUCAGGGUGUUGGGCUAAUCACGGAGAUCAUACCAGCUGCUCAAGUUGUCAAAAGUCUGGUCGCUGAAGCGAAGGAAGUCAUCAGAGAAAAGCUUUCUGGUUACCAAUAGAAUCCUUCCUGAACUGCAAACUAGAAGUAUCUGUGUGUGAGUAGUCACCAAUCAGAAUAAUCGGAAGCACCAAGGUUUAGGUUUGAUUCUUGUGCUAUUUUUAAGUACAAUAAAGUAAAAAAUGAUGAAAAUAAACGAGACUAACAAAGGUAUUCUGUCAGACAUUUGUGUGCGUGUGUGUGAAAAUGUUUCAUAAUCCAUUUGUGAUCUUGGCCAUACAUAAAUUUUGUUAUUUUAAUUUAGCUGUUUCACUACUACAUUGC